AUGCGAACAUUUCGAUCAAUACUCGGGCAAGGCAACAGCUGCUAUUACAAGUAUGCCAAGCCAACCGUAAUCUCAUUUCGCGAGUUCCACGUUUUCCGAGAUAUCCCAGAACUACGCAAACAUCGCCGGCAGUUGCUGCUCGAUGGCAAGUCAGUUGGGCUUGUGCCGACCAUGGGAGCCUUACAUGAGGGCCACAUGUCACUCGCGCGUCAAGCGGCCACCGAAAAUGAUGAGGUCUUCGUCUCAAUCUACGUUAAUCCCACCCAGUUCGGCUUAAACGAGGACCUGGAUAGCUACCCGAAAACAUGGGACGCAGAUAUCAGACGUCUUACCAAACUCGACGAAGAGCUGGCGCAGUCAGGUAAGGGUAGAGUAACCACAAUCUUCGCUCCAACGACAAAGACCAUGUACCCUACGCUUCCACCGGACUCCUCGCUCCCUGGCACCGGCUCCUUCGUCACAAUCACACCACUUGCCAAUCUACUGGAAGGCAAAAGCCGGCCGGUCUUCUUCCGGGGCGUAGCAACAGUUUGCAUGAAGCUUUUCAAUAUUGUGCAAGCCGAGCGGGUCUACUUCGGACAGAAGGACGUCCAGCAGACGGUCAUAAUUAAGCGGAUGGUCAAGGACUUCCAUCUGGACACAGCAGUCCGCAUCGUGCCCACCGAGCGGGAGAAGGACGGCUUAGCGAUGAGCAGCCGGAAUGUGUACCUUGGUCAGCGUAGACGGAAGGUCGGCAUUGUGCUGCAUCAGGCACUGCGGGCGGCAGAAAGUGCGUAUGUAAUGGGAGGGCGGGGUAGAGAUGAGAUGUUGGCGUUGGCUUGGGAUGUCACAAACAAGAUGAGUGAGCAGCAGGAUGGGUUAGCGGCGAGUGAGAGGGCCAUGUUCGAAGUCGACUACUUAAGCUUGGCGGACCCCGAGACGCUCGAGGAGGUGCCGAUGGUGGAUGAGCAGCGUGGGGCGGUGUUGAGUGGCGCUAUCAAGAUGCUACCGCUUGAAGCUGUUAACCACGGCGAGAUACUUGGCCUGGGUGGCGACAAGGUGGCAGUGAGACUCAUCGACAACAUCGUACUACAGCCAACUGAUACUUGA